AGUGAUAGCAGCAGUGGAAAGAGUUAGACCGAUGUAGAGGCAUGAACGUAAUCUGACAAACUAACAGGACUCAGACACCAAUAAUUCAAAGAAAAAAAGACACAGCCAAUCAACCACCAUGAAGGAAAAACAUGUCAACCGUUUCCAACUGACCCUCUUCAUAAAAGCCCUCUCCUUACUGCUGUGUUCGACUGCUUCUGGUCUGGAACUGAACCCCAAUCUGAAAGAGAACAUCCUGACUGCUAACUCCUCCCUCUCCAUCACAUGUUCUGGCUGGUCACCUGUCACCUGGCGCUAUAAGCGUGACGAGAAGGUACCGGCAUUCAGGACAGAAAACCGUACCCUCUCUAGUGUUCUUCACUUGGAAAAUGUGACAUGGCGACAUACAGGAGUGUAUGUAUGUUCUGAGUUUGCCACUGAGGAGAGUAGGGAGGUGGCCAUCUAUGUACCUGACCCUGAGGCAUGGUUUCUGGAAAAUGAGUACAAUAUAGUCACCAGAACAAAAAAUGAAGCAACAAUCCCCUGCCUGGUGACAGAUCCACACAUAAACGUGUCCCUUUAUGAAAAAUACUCAGACACCCCAGUGGCAGGCAAGUAUGUACCCACUGUGGGUUUUACUGCAAUACUUGGUGAUGAAACCUACCGAUGCAUAGGAGAAAGGAAUGGAGAGGAAAAGUGGUCCGGCCUUUUCCACGUCUUCAGCAUCAUCGUUCCUGAAGUUUUGGACGCCCACAUCAAUGCCUCAAAGACGGUGCUAAAACAAGGCGAGCCUCUCAGUGUCAACUGCAUGGUCCCUAUAGUUCAGCUUGUCUACUUCUCCUGGGAUUACCCGAACAAAGAGAAUGUGGAGAUCCUGACAGAUGUAUCGGACCAAUCGGACAUGCGCUCAUGCCUGAACGUUUCCAAAACCACACUGGCACACUCUGGACGCUACGUUUGCAAUGCAAAAGAGGACAUCAACAACCAGGAGACUUCUGUCAGUAUCAACAUUACUGUCCUGGAGAAAGGUUUUGUAAAGCUAAGCUCAUUAUUGGGUUCCAACGUAUCUGCACUGUCGUAUGAGAAUGUGGAAUUAAAAGUAGAGGUGGAGGCCUACCCCAAACCUGUCAUCCGCUGGAGCAAAGACGGAGUCGUCAUCACUGGAGACCAUAAUAUCAAAACAAAACAGGAACAGGAGACUAAGUACAUCAGCACAGUAACUCUGGUGAGAAUCCGGCUGGAGCAGAAAGGCUUUUACACUGUUCACGUUUCCAAUGAGGAUGAUUCCAAAGAGAUGGCUUUUCAUGUUGUGGUAAAAGUUCCUCCUCAGAUAACAGAGCUUUCAGAUUAUCACCUGGCGGGAAAGAAGCAUGCCGUCACCUGUGUGGCAGAGGGGGUUCCAUCUCCCAAUAUCCAGUGGUUUAGCUGCGAAAGCAUGCACAAAUGUAGCAAUAAGGGCAAUAAGAGUGCAGUGUGGAGCCCUCUGGUGCCUGAUACAGACAGCAUCAGCAUUGAGACCAACACCACCUACAACGAAACACGCAAGAUCCACCAAGUUGUCAGCCAGGUCACAUUCCUCCGUCCUCAGCAAUUUAGCCUGCGCUGCCAGGCCAGGAAUGAGAGAGGAGCUAGGGCUCGAGAUAUUAAACUCAUUACCAGCACUCUAUUCUCACAGGUGUCUGUGCUGGCUGCUGUUUUGGCAUUGGUUGUCAUCGCCAUCAUUUUCCUUAUUAUCCUCAUUGCUGUGUGGAGAAAGAAGCCACGAUAUGAGAUCAGGUGGAAGGUAAUAGAAUCAGUGAGCCAGGAUGGGCAUGAAUACAUCUAUGUGGAUCCCGUUCACCUUCCCUAUGACCUGACAUGGGAGAUGCCCCGGGACAGCCUUGUUCUUGGUCGUACUCUUGGAUCAGGAGCAUUUGGAAGAGUCGUAGAGGCAACUGCAUGUGGAUUCACUCAUUCCCAGUCUUCUACAAAAGUGGCUGUGAAAAUGCUAAAAUCGACUGCUCGCAGAAGUGAAACUCAGGCCUUGAUGUCAGAGCUGAAGAUUAUGAGUCACUUGGGUCCCCACCUGAACAUUGUAAAUUUGCUAGGAGCCUGCACAAAACCAGGUCCUCUGUACCUGGUGACAGAAUAUUGUCGUUAUGGAGACCUGGUGGAUUACCUGCACAGGAACAAGCAGAGCUUUCUGCAGCACUACGCCAACAAGAACCCACUUUUAAACAGCAGUGACAGCCACAUCUGUGUCGACUCUGACACACCAUCUGGGAAAGGCUACGUGUCAUUUGGCAGCACAAGUGAUGGUGGUUAUAUGGACAUGAGAAAGGAAGACAAGACUGAAUAUGUGGCCAUGCAGGAGCUCACAGACACCAUUAAAUAUGCAGAUAUUCAGCCCUCCCCAUAUGAGUCACCAUAUCAGCAGGACAUCUACCAAGAACAAGGUCACAGAGUGGAUCUUUCCCUGGUAAUCAGUGAUUCUCCAGUCUUAAAUUACACUGACCUGGUGGGCUUCAGCUUUCAGGUGGCCAAAGGAAUGGAGUUUCUGGCCUCCAAAAAUUGUGUUCAUCGGGACUUGGCAGCCAGAAAUGUCCUGAUCUGUGAGGGGAAGCUGGUGAAGAUCUGUGACUUUGGACUUGCCAGAGAUAUCAUGCAUGACAACAACUACAUAUCCAAAGGCAAUACAUUCCUGCCUCUAAAGUGGAUGGCCCCAGAGAGCAUCUUUCAUAAUCUGUACACUACACUCAGUGAUGUCUGGUCUUAUGGCAUUUUGUUGUGGGAAAUUUUCACAAUGGGUGGAACACCAUACCCUGAUCUUCCUAUGAAUGAGCUGUUCUAUAAUGCACUAAAGAGAGGGUAUCGCAUGACCAAGCCCAUGCAUGCCUCAGAGGAAAUUUAUGAGGUUAUGAAGAAGUGCUGGGAUGAGAAGUUUGAAAAGAGGCCAGAGUUCUCCUUUUUGGUCCAGGCUAUGGGGAACAUGCUCACAGACGGCUAUAAAAAGAGGUACUCCCAGGUCAGCGACAGCUUCUUAAAUAGUGACCACCCGGCUGUAGUGCGGACCAAGCCCAGGAUGCCUGCUCCGUUCCCGGAUACACUCCCGAACUCAUCCCCUCCGCCAGCAUUCCCUAUCCGCCAGUCGUCCACCCCCAACCCUUGUCUGGAUGCUAAUAUGGAGUUGGAAACAGCACCUUACAAUGGUUAUAUCAUCCCUUUACCAGACCCCAAGCCUGAGGAGGGGUGCCAGGAUGUUACCAUGUUAACGGAAAGCCCCUUGAGCUCUGUGGGUUCAGAGGCAGAGACAGCAUCUUUGGAAGAACCCAGCACAGAGCCGGAGCACAGCGAAACCCAAAAGGAACUCCCCAGCACUCCAAGUGUAGAAGACAGCUUCUUGUGACUGCAUGCAGUUGCUAAUCACACAUGAAUAUAUGUGUGAUGUAUAUGCAAAAAACAGACACAGU